CUUUCUCUGGCCAGCUGACCUAUUGGUGCAGUCAGAUUUGGAAGCCUACAACCUGUGAUGGUGUAAAUUGAACCAGGGAGAUUCCCGCUUGUUCUGUGAACCAUCUCGACAUUUCUGUGCCAGAACUCCCCAUGCUACCCGUUGGAGACUUCAGCAGGGCAUGAUGACAGCUGACAAGGAAAAAAGAAGAGCCAUCAGCCGUGAGGCAGCCAGACGGAGACGGCGAGUGGAGUCUGAUGUGUUUGGAGAUUUAUGUCGCCUCCUGCCGCUGCAGCCCUCCGUCCGAGCUCACCUGGACAAACCCUCAAUCAUCCGCCUCACCCUGAGCUACAUACGCAUGCAUGCAUUGAUAAAAGAAACUUCUGUAGAUGCAGCAGCCAGGCACACAGCAACAUAUCUGCAGAGAGUGGGGGGAGGAGAGGAACUGAACUGCAGUGGAGGACAAGGUGAAGAGGAGAAAGAGAAGGAGGAACUCUUGUCAUCAAAUGAGACAAACAUGUACCUGAGGACCCUGGAGGGAUUUGUGAUGGUCUUGUCCACUGAGGGAGACAUGAUCUUCCUGUCUGACAAUGUCAGCAAGUACAUGGGCUUGAUGCAGACUGAGUUAAUGGGGCACAAUAUUUUUGAGUAUACUCACCCUGGUGAUCAAGAGGAGAUCCGACAUAAUCUACGUCUUACUGCAGAGGAAGUUUGGUGCAGUCAGAAAAGGGACUUUGUCAUAAGGAUAAAAAGUGCACUGACACACAGAGGAAGAAGCACCAACCUCAAGUCAGCUACUUGGAAGGUUCUGCACUGUCAGGGCAGAGCGAAGGUGUGUGUGGCCUCGUCAUCGGUUACCUGCCUGCUCCUGACCUGCCGCCCCCUGCCCCUCUCACACACACUCCUGAGUGCACACACAUUCACAAGCCAGCACAGCAUGGACAUGAGGUUCACAUACUGCGACCAAAGGGUUACAUCUCUUUUAGGUUACAGGCCUGAGGAGUUGCUGGGCCGUUCCAUCUAUGACCUCUGCCACACUCUGGAUACAAACUGUUUGAACAAAAAUCAUGUAAACCUGUGUUUGAAGAGCCAGUCAGUCAGCGGCCACUACAGGAUGCUGGUGAGAGGUGGAGGUUACGUCUGGGUGGAGAGUCACAGUGCCGUCAUCCCCACAGCACGACCCUCCAGGUCCAGACCCAGUGCCGACCAGCCCCUCAGCAUCCUUUGUGUUACCUAUGUCCUCAGUGGAGUGGAGGAGGCAUCUCUCCAGCUCUCUUUGGACCAGACUAUCCACAGAUACUUGAACUGAAAGCGGAGUUUGAGGAGGAAUCUACAGAACCCGACCAAAGA